UUGUUUUUUUAACACCUUUAGUAAGCAUCUUUUUCCAAGAAUGGCUUGUCUCUAUUUGCUCAUUGUCUUCUUCUCCUUUACUCUACUUGCUCAUUGUAGUCCUGAUACAACAAGAAGAUUAUUAUUCAGUUCAUUUGAUCAACAUGUUCAUCAGUCACUGAGUGACAACUGCCCAGCUCAACCAUUACCUAUUGACAUUCCAUCCGAACUUCCUGACAUUAUCAAUAAUGCUUUGUCACAGCUUAGUGCUUUGGGAGAGAGCUAUGUUGACAAUAAGGCAGUGCCUGGAGUUGCUAUGGGUAUAUCGUAUAAAGGUAAAAAUAUAUGGAGUAAAGGAUUUGGUGUAAAAGACAAAAACAAGCCUGGAAUUGCUCCUGAUGAUGACACAAUAUUUAGGAUUGGUAGUGUAUCAAAAGUAUUUCCAGUAAUAAUGCUUUAUCAACUUUAUGCUGAAGGCUCUGUUCAAUCUCUGGAUGAUCCUUUAACAAAAUAUGCUCCUGAUUUUAAAAUCAACAAUACCUUCUCUAAGAGUGAUAUUACAUUAAGACAGAUGGCUUCACAGCUUUCUGGCCUACCUCGUGAAGCUCCAUGUGGUCUUACUCCUCUAGGACUGAAUAUAUGCCCACUAACAAACAGUGAGAUACUAAGUAAGUUAAGCUCACAGAAUUUGCUUCUUCCAUCCUGGACAAGACCAUCUUACAGUAAUCUGGCAUUUGCAUUAUUGGGUAACUUGCUAGCCACUCAUUAUGAUGAAAAAAAGAGUUUUGAAGACUACGCACAAGACCAGAUAAUAAAUCCACUACAACUGACAAACACUGGUUUCAAAAUAACUGAUGAUGUCAAAGAUCGCAUGGCUGUUGGCUAUACUCCAGAUGGUGAUGAAGCACCUCUCAUUGACCUUGGAUAUAUCUCUCCUGCAGGACAAAUGUAUUCAACCAUCAAUGAUUUGAACAAACUGUCUCAAUUCUUUUAUGAGGCUCAUAUUUUGGCCUUUAAUGACAGUAGCGUUUUGUUUUCUGAUUUUGAAUCAAUUUUAAGCUCAGACUUAAGACGAGAAAUGUCUCUUCCAUAUUUUGUCAAUCCUGAUGGGCAGAGUGGGUUUGGAACUCCAUGGGAAAUUUUAUUUGAUGGAAAUUACACCAUUCGUACAAAAGGAGGGAACAUUAAUGGUUACUCGGCUCUUUUUAGCUUCAUACCUGAACUUCACUUAGGAAUUAAUGCGCUAUUUUCUGGCUCUGUCGAUGAUGGUACUUUUGCAAAAAAAGCCUUUGAUAUAUUUUUGCCACCGUUUGUUUCAUUCCUUUCUGACAAUGUUCCUCCUGUGCCAGCUCCUCCCAAUCCAAAUAUAUAUGUUGGCCACUACAAGGCACUACUGAAUGUAGUGACAGCAAAUAUCUUUGUUAAAAAUAAUGAAAUGUAUCUCUCUUAUAAUUAUAGUGGGCAAGUGAUGAGUGUUUAUCUCUAUUAUCAUGAUGUUCAAUCAAUGCAGAUGUAUUAUCCAUCACAUUUGCUGCCUUGCCUAACUGGUGAACUGUUAGCCAUCUUAGGAAAAUGGGUCUAUUUUGAUCCAGUUGAUAAAUCAAGUGGCAAUAUCACAGGAUUUACUAUUCCUCCAGUACACUUAAAAAGAGUAUCUGAAGAAUUUUAAUGACUAAUAAUAAAUUCCUUUAGUGUGACAUUAAGUAGUUUUAUGAAUUAGAUCUAAAUUUUUUGUUAAUAUGUUACUUUUGUAUCAUUAUUAAUGCAAUACAUUGUACAGACUUAAGUCAGUGUUACUGUAUCUUUAUGGCUAACUAUAAACAUUUAAUACUCUAACCUUUAAUGUAAA